AUGCAAGCAUUCUUUUGCGGCACCUUCAGCGCUGUCAGACAUAAUGGCGAGCUCUCUGAGUGGUUUGACGUUACAUCUGGUUCUGGGCAGGGGGAUAUUCAGGGUCCACCUAUCUUUAAUGUUUGCAUCAACCUGCCUGCGCAGCGGGCUGAGGAUAACAAAGUGUUGUCACACGGGGCAGUGCUGCAGAGAGCUACCACCAGCUCUGGUCAGGAUACAGUCGUCCUGGAUACUGACUAUGCAGAUGAUUUGGCUAUCAUGGACAACACCAAGGACGGUCUCCAGGAGACGACUGAUCUUUUAUGCAAGUAUGCGGCUCAGGCUGGCCUCAGAAUCAAUGCAAAGAAAACAGAGGUUAUGGCCAUCGGCAAGAAUACAUCACAGAGGCCGUAUACUGAAGCAUCAACGGUGGACAUUACAGUAGGAGACACGGCUAUCCAGCAAGUCAGCAACUUCACUUACCUUGGGUCGAUUAUAUCAAGUGAUGGGACUAUUGACCGGGACUUGUCUGCACGGAUCCAGAAAGCCUCAGGAGCAUUCAAUCAGCUCGGUAAUAUUUGGAAGAAUCGCAAUAUCCAAACUAACACCAAAAUACGGAUAUAUGUUGCAGCGGUUGAAACAAUAUUACUUUAUGGAAGCGAAGUCUGGAACACUACUUCAAAGCAACUACAUCGCUUCGAAGUUUUUCAUCAAAACUGUUUGAGGAGAAUCCUUCGAAUUAAGUGGUUCCACCGGACGAGCAAUGUUCAAGUGUUGGAGCGGUUGACGGAUGCUACUCGUCUAAAUUUCUUCGAAGUAGCGCGCGCCGCUUUCUUCUCUUCGUAG